AUGGGGAAGAAGAAGCGCGGUGGUGGUACCGAGGCAUCCGCCGACGCCUCGACGAGGCGCACGGGGGGUAAUUGGGCGGCGUUGAGCGCGAAGAUCAACGCUGGGACGUCGGACAAGGCGAAGAAGAAAGCAGCCGAGCGCGCGGCGAUGGCGCGCGCGGCGACGGAAUCGAGCGUGAACGGAUUGAUGGAGGACGUGCGAGACGGUGGGAUCGAUGUGAAAGAAAAGGGUGGGAAACCGAAGCCGACGGGACGAAACACGGCGGUGACGCGGACGCUGGCGUUGGAUUGCGAAAUGGUGGGCGUGGGCGAGGACGGACGGAGAAGCGUCCUAGCGCGCGUCUCGGUCGUGAACGAGGAUGGGAACGUUAUUUUAGACGUGUUCGUACAACCGACGGAACGCGUGACGGAUUACAGAACGGCGGUGAGCGGGGUGCGGCCGAAUGACGUCAAGGCGGAGAGCGGCGCGCGGACGUUUCGAGUCGUCCAAGCGCAGAUGAGCGAACUCUUGAGAGGGAAAGUCCUGGUCGGGCACUCGUUGAAGAACGACAUGAAGGCGUUGAUGCUCGAUCACCCGAAGCGAGACACGCGAGAUACGAGUUUGUAUCACCCGCUCACGCGACCGCUUCGACCCGAGGAGCGGUGCGUCCCCGGCGCGCCGCGCGGACGCGGGUGUCGAGCGCUUCGCGAUCUCGCGAGGCAACACUUAGGAUUAGAGAUUCAAACCGGCGAGCACUCAUCCGUGGACGAUGCGCGCGCGGCGCUGGCGCUUUAUAAAAAGUUCGCCAAAAAGUGGGAAGCGAGCUUGCGGCUCGCCGACGGAAAGAGCGGGCGAGACGGCGGGAAGAAGAAGCGAAAGACCUCGCGCGAUUGA